AUGGCAUUAGCACGAUCAAAAUUAGUUUCAAAGUUGAUCUCUUCCAGCAUUACUCAUCCAGUAAUGUUGUCCACAACAUUCAAAACCAACACUCGUUCCUUCUCAUCAAGUGCUUCCAAAACUUUGGAUAAUACUUCUCCUCACAACAAAAUUCGAUACAAUUACAGCAGUGAGUGUGAGCAACUAGUUAAUGAACAGAUCAAUCAUGAAUUGAAUGCUUCUUACUUUUAUACUGCUUUGGGGACCUACUACUCUCAACCCACAGUAGCCUUGCCAGGAGUAGCCAACUACUUUUUGGCUCAAUCCAACGAGGAACGAAGACACGCUCAUGCCUUAAUCCAAUAUCAAAACGGUAGAGGUGGUAAGGUUCAAUUUUCUGCCAUUCAAGCUCCUCCAGAUUUUAGUAAAGUAUUGACUGGAGGAGAAGCCUCAUCAGCAGCAGCAGCACCUCAAAACAUGAAGAACUCAUCUUGUGAUACUGUUGGUUGUACCAAUAAUAUUGCAACAGUUACAACAAGAGGCUUUGAAUUGGCCAUUGAAACGGAACGAAUGGUCUAUGAUAAGAUCCGAUACAUUUAUCAAGUAGCAGAGAGUCAGCGUGAUUUUGCAUUGACUGGUUUCUUGCAAAAGCUGAUUGAUGAGCAAGUGGAGAGUUUGAGAGAGUUACAAGAAUUGUACACCAAAUCAAAGAGAAUGGUGAAUGAGUAUUGGUUUGAUCAAUAUUUGGUGAAUUCGAGUGUGGCUUCAAGUGUUGAGAGUGGUGCAACUGAAUUUAAAUCAGGCAGUGCUCAAUAA